AUGAAUCAAGAUGAAUCAGGUCGUUUGCGUGUAGAGCGAAUACUUCAUGACCGUAGACCAAGACGAUCUGAUAGAAUUGAAAUUUUUGAUGGAAGACACACAGCUCAGAACAUAUCUGCCUAUGGAUUUUUAUUAGGAUUAGUAUGCGGUGGUGGUCUCUUAUACUCCUUCUAUGGUCAAAUACCUCAACUAGGCGUCUUUUUAGUAGCCUUACCUACCUUUCAUUUCUUGGAAUAUGUUGCCACUGCCUUAUUUAAUGCAGAGAAGCUGUCACUUGAUUCUUAUUUGAUUAACCAUGGUCGACAGUAUCAUGCAGCUCAUACGGCUGCUCUUGUAGAGUUUAUUAUAGAAUAUUAUUUCUUUCCCAAUUGGAAACAAUUUGGUUAUUUGAAUUAUUUCGGUCUGUUCUUGCUUAUUAUCGGUCAAGGAUGUCGUACUGUAGCUAUGUUUUCUGCAAAGCACAAUUUCUCUCAUCAUAUCGUGGAUCAGAAAGAGAAUGACCAUGUAUUAGUCACUCAUGGUAUUUACAAAAUAAUGAGACAUCCUUCUUAUUUUGGAUUCUUUUGGUGGGCAUUGGGUGCACAGCUGUUGUUAGGCAACCCUAUUUGCUUUAUAGGCUUUAUCUUUGUACUUCAAAGGUUCUUUUCUGAGCGUAUCACAUAUGAAGAAUACACACUAGAGCGUUUCUUUGGUCAAGAAUGGAGAGAUUAUAAAUCCAAAACACCCACUUUGAUGCCUUUUGUUUAA